GCUGAUCUGCGUGUUUUGCCGCCAGUUCGUGGCCAGGUCUAAGACUGUUAUGUACCCUGCACAGGAUCUAGUUGAGAAGGUCUGAUUGCGGUUAUUAUAGACAACUUGCUUGUGUAUCUUUUUCCUCAGCUUUCAAACUUCAAGCUUGCAGACAAUCAACUCACGAAAUGAAUGUUGCACCCGACUUUGAAGCAUUUACCAACACGGUAAACGGCGAUCAGAGGUCAGCGCUCAAAGCUCAACGGACAAUUGAUCCCUCAACAAAGAGAGCACUUUGGCCUGUUCCAAUUGGCAGUACGCAAGACAUUGAAGACGCAAUUUUUGCGGCCCAACAUGCAUUUACGACCUGGUCUAAAACAACCUGGGCAGCUAGACAAGACGUCUUGUCUCUCAUGCAUGCCGCACUUCAAGCACAGCGAGAGAAUAUGGCGAAGUUACUCACUUUAGAAGGGGGCAAGCCGAUUCAAUUCAGUGAGAUGGAAGUAGAUCAUUCGUUGCGGUUCUUGGAAUUUAAUUCCAAACAAGCACAGAUUCAAGAUGUAAUCGUUCAAGACGAUGAUGAGCUACAUCUCAGUCUACGAUACAGGCCCAUAGGCCUUGUGGCCGCCAUCUGCCCGUGGAAUUACCCGCUUGUUCUAGCUAUCGCCAAAAUCGGGGCAGCUCUCAUCACAGGCAAUUGUGUGAUAGUCAAGCCAUCGCCCUACACGCCAUACAGCAUACUCAAGUUUACUGAGCUGGUACAGCCUCUCCUGCCUCGAGGAGUCUUGCAAGCUAUACACGGCGACGACAGUCUUGGGCCAUACCUCUGCGCACAUCCAAGGAUACAAAAAAUCAGUUUCACUGGUUCAACAGCCACUGGUAAAAAGAUUAUGUCAUCAAGUGCACAAUCCUUAAAACGUCUUACUUUAGAACUUGGCGGAAAUAACGCCAGUAUCAUACUGCCGGACGUUGACCCUGGGGUAGUGGCUCCCCAGGUGGCUCUGGGUUCCUUCCUCAAUUCUGGACAACUAUGCGUUGCUAGUAAACGCAUCUAUGUUCACCAGGACAUCUAUGAUGAAUUUCUUCGAGCCAUGGUCGACACCGUCCGGUCUUGGAAAGUGGGUCCGACCUCGGGAUUCGUACGAGAUUUAACGCUUGGCCCCGUACAAAAUGAGAUGCAGUUCAAUAAGGUCAUGGCUAUCAUCGAAAACUCGCGUGCCAACGGUCACCGAUUUGCACUUGGUGGGGACAGAGACGAAGCCCAUCCAGAAAGCUAUGUCAUAGCCCCUAUCAUUGUCGACAGACCACCUGAUAAUUCAUUGGUAGUCACAAGCGAAGCAUUUGGUCCUAUAGUACCCGUGCUGUCCUGGACUGAUGACGAAGAAGUCAUUGAGCGGGUCAACAAUGAUGUCACAGGUCUCGGUGGAGCAAUCUGGACAAGUGACCAAGCCCGCGCACAACACUUUGCUGAUCGGAUUGAAACGGGUACUGUAUGGAUUAACAGUAUAGAAAAACCUCUUCCACAAGCGUACUUCGCAGGGCUCAAAGAAAGCGGCUUAGGUGGGGAGUGGGGCGAACAAGGUCUGCUUGCUUACUGCAAGGUACAAACCAUACACAGAUACAAACCUGCUGUGACUAUUUAGGUACAGACGUAAGGAUGAUUGAACCAGUCUCUUGAAAGAGUUGCGUGUUCUUAUUACAUCCUUAUCCGGUUCGUUUGGCGUGCCCAAAUUGUUCUCUGAUAUAGCUAUGUAUUCGUACGGGUGCGAACAGC